UUCGGCUCUCCCAAUUGGAUGGAAAACUAUUGAAUUGAUCCCGAUUUUUAUUUAUAAUCUAAACGAGGCAUCCCUACAAGAACUACGUGUCAAAAAAGGACUAUGGAUUGCAUACGUUAAUACCGUGAACGAACAACAGGAGAUAGGCGUUGAAAUUAGGCAUUGUAAAUUUUCGAAGAAAAUAUUAUUGUCGUUGGUGGAUAUAAUUGAUCAGUUAUAUGGCGCUGUUGGUAUGUUGGGCGUUAGUGCUGAUGAAGAGUAG